AUGAACAUAAACGAUGAACUUGACAUAUUGGACAUUUGCUUCCAAUUUGCUUAUGGCAACUCGAGGUCCCGCCAUGAUGGCGAUGAGAAAAUUGCUCGUGUAGUUUAUUUUGAUAAAUUGGUCGAACACUUGUAUGAGCGCGACGAAGAGUUAUUCUGGGCGAUGCGGGAAGAGCAUGGCAAUUUGCUCACUUAUCUUAAGAAUAAGGGUAGAUAUAAUAUUCGGACUUACGCCAACAGAAAUUGGAAUGCAUGGAACUACGAAAUUAUGCCUAUUCACAGAUAUGACAAUGACUUGAGACACGCUCAUAACUACUUCACCCCUUUGUAUGAAGCAAGACAUGAGCUUGAUACAGACCUUGUGUUUGCUGCACUUCCUCAGAAGCAGGCAGGAGAGUCAGAUAAUCUGAUCAAUGCAUAUCAGAACGCCAGAAUCAACGGCAAUACACUGAAAACUCGGGUGGAAAUUCGGGACAGAAUCAAAAGUAUUUUAACUGCUUUAUUUCCUAAUGCACCUUUAUUUAUCGAGAUUAUUGGAUCCACAAUGACAGGCUUGGGUAAUACUGAAAGUGAUCUAAAUUUGUGCAUCCGUGUUAGUCGUGCAUAUCUUCAACAGUAUGUCGAAGCCUACAAUUAUCGAAUGGUGGAUUUACGCAAUUCCCCAAAAACCAUCUUUAAUAUGCGCUAUAUCGCAAUGGAACUUCGCAAGCAAACAAAAUUACGAUAUAUCAAAGCGUACAUUAAUUCUCACCAGCCGUUUGUGAAUUUUUUUGAUGAUAAAUCUACUACACCUUGUACACUUUCAUUGGAUUACGGCCUUGGUCUGGAAACUGGAAGAUUGAUCGCUGAAUAUGUCAGAUUGGAUAAACGUGUGGGUCCUUUCAUAUAUUGUAUCAAAAAAUUUGCUCGUUGCCAAGGAAUCGACAGCUACGAUGAUGGAUUUCUCAGCUCAUAUGGGUAUACUAUUUUAGGACUGCACUUUUUGAUGGCUGUUUUAUUAAGGCCUGUUAUUCCCUGUUUACAGGAGUAUGAUGGGCCUUGUCAUGCACGAAACUGCUACAGCCGACUUGACAAUGAGCAUAUGGUGUUUCAAAAAUCUGGGUCUUUGGAUACAGGCUUUGAUUGCUCAUUUCACACUUGUUUAGAGAUUAAAAAUAACUUGACGGAUAAAUACACGCCAACAAGAGAACGCAAAUUCUUUUCUGUUUGGGAGAGUAACAACAAUCUUCAUUUGAUAUCUCUUUUGGAACAUUUCUUUACGUACUUUAAAGAUGCAAGUAAGUUCAAAAAUGUGUCGAUUAUCACCCAAGGUGGUCAAUUGGUAAAGACCAAAAAGAACAACAUUUGGAGUGGUGAUUGUGUGGUAAUCCAGGAUCCAUUCUUCAUCAAGAAAAACAUCGGUAAAAAAUGCUUAGAAACUUCGCUUGAAGAUAUUACAGAGAAAUUUGGUCGUGCAGGACAAAUGCUGCAUGAUGGAUUAAGCUUUUCAGAGGUGUGCUUUUCUUGA